CACCGUAUCAUUGCGCCGCCUUACCAUUGCCGUAGGCCCGGGGCAAGAAAACUUAAUAUUUCUUCUAUAAAGAAGUCGCAGUUCUUCAUCCCCAAUUCAUCAGCUCCUCGAUUGCUCGUUAUCGAUGGCGUCCUCAUCGAUUCGAGGAGGCUACUGGCCGACAUGGAUAAAUUCCGAACUCCCUCCCUCCUCCAUCAACCUCGCCCUCUUCACCCACCUCUUUUAUGCCUUCCUCCAAGUCGACCCCUCCACUUUCCAGCUUAUCGUCACCGACGACGACGAUCGCAUGCUGCGCGCCUUCUCGGAAGCUGCCCAUGGACACUCUCCCCGCGUUCAGGCCUUCCUCUCCAUAGGCGGAGGCGACAGCACGUCCGCCUUCGCUGCGCUCGCCGCUGACCCCGCCUCACGCGCCGCCUUCAUCCAGUCAACUAUCGCGGUGGCUCGACAGUACGACCUUGACGGACUCGACCUAGACUGGGAGCAUCCCAUUGACACGGAUGAGAUGGCCAACUUCGGACGGCUCGUCACCGAGUGGCGAGCUGCCGUGGAGGCGGACUCCGGCCAGCCGCGGCUCCUCCUCACAGCCGCGGUCCGGUUCGAGCCGAGCUUCCAGUGGGAGGUGCCGCGGUCAUACCCGGUGGCGGAGAUGGCGUCCGCGUUGGACUGGAUCAACUCGAUGGCCUACGACCUCCACGGUCCGUGGGAACCAAACACCACCGGGCUCCACGCGGCGCUGUACGAUCCCACCGGGGCAGGAGUCAGCGGGAGCGACGGGGUGACUGCGUGGGUCAACGCCGGGAUGCCUGCAGCCAAGGUGGUGCUGGGGAUGCCGCUCUACGGCCGUACGUGGCGGUUGACGGACUCGAACCAGAAUGGUGUGGGAGCGCCGGCGGCGGGAACGGGGCCGGGAACGGACGGGGUGCUGAGGUACUCGGAGGUGGUGCAGUUCAACCGGGACAACGGGGCGACGGUGAUACACGACGUGAACUGGGGAGAGGCGUACUCUUACGCCGGCACGAGCUGGGUGGGUUACGACGACGCGUGGACGGCGGAGAGGAAGGUGGAGUACGCGCGCGGGGCGGGGAUCGGCGGCUACUUCUUCUGGUCUAUCGGCCAAGAUGACGCCGCGUGGACCGUAACCACUGCAGCCUGGAAUGCGUGGCAGAACUGACUCCGCAGGGGCCAGAAAGCAAAUAUUUACUUUAAUUAUAUUUUCGAAAUAAUAAAGGUGGAAACUAAAUAAAUAUCGUUCCACUUGUCUAAAUGUUGGAUGGAUUGAUGAAAUAAUAAGUCAAUUGCCGUGUGCAAUGGUUGCACGUUUUUA